CCUACAAGCACACUAUCUCUCUCUCUCUCUCUUUCUCUCCCUGUCUGCUUUUCCCCUCUGCCUCUGUGUUUUUCUUCUGCAAAAAUUUCUCAAUUUUUUAUCGAAUUUUCCGCCUUUUGCCUCCGAAAAUCACAUAUCCAUGUUCGCCAAUCCAGGAUCUUGCGAUUCAAUGCAAUUUUGAGGUUUAGUACUCUCUCUUUCGCUGGAUUCAACUCACUGAGUUGAUAUACGAAAAAAAAUGCUCGAGACUGUCGCCAGUUCUAUCAAUGGCGGUUUCUCUAACUUGCAGAGCUGCGGUGAAAGCAGCGAAGAGGAACUUUCGGUUCUGCCACGUCAUACCAAAGUGGUGGUGACAGGUAAUAACCGGACCAAAUCAGUGCUUGUAGGUCUUCAAGGUGUGGUCAAGAAAGCUGUUGGCCUUGGCGGCUGGCAUUGGCUGGUUCUUACGAAUGGGAUAGAAGUAAAGUUGCAGCGGAAUGCCCUUAGUGUGAUUGAAGCUCCUACUGGCAAUGAAGAAGAUGAUGAACUUGAGUUUGAGAACAUGCACUGGAAUGGAUCAGAUAUGGCAUCUGAUGACACUCAAAAGUCCCAUAAAUCAAGGCAUAAGACACAUAAAUCAACAGGAUCAUCUCACAAGACUAUGAGCAGGUCUCUUUCGUGUGACUCACAGUCCAAGGGUUCUGUUUCCACCCCCCGUGGUGGGACCACGAAGGUUGACCUCAGCAAACUGGAGAUGUCUGCACUAUGGAGAUAUUGGCGACACUUCAAUCUUGUGGAUGCCAUUCCCAAUCCAUCAAAGGAGCAACUAGUUGAUGUUGUUCAGAGGCAUUUCAUGUCUCAGCAAAUGGACGAGUUGCAGGUCAUUGUGGGGUUUGUUCAGGCCGCGAAAAGACUGAAGACCGUCUGCAAAUGACCUUGAGAAGAAGAGAACGGAGAAAGCAUUGAGUAUGGUUCUCAAUGAUAAGUUGCUAACAAGAUAUGCGAGUGUCACGUUGACUGGUACCCAAUCCAAGUGUCCCCUUCCUUUAGUAGUUGACACCUCGUAGCAUAUUUAUGGGUGGCUUGUUUAUGUUUUUAUCGUGUAUGUUAGUAGGGGGUAGUAUUUACUUUUAAGGUUAUAUAGAGGUUUUAGUUUUUGGUAGUGUAGUAAUGUAGAUAUGUGUAAACUGGCGACUAGACCUUUAAGGAAUCCUUGUGGCUUUUGGGUGAAAUGUAUUUGCUGACUCGGGGAAGUGGAUUUCUUAAGAUGUAAAUAUUCCUUCUUCGCUGCUUUUA